GCGCAUCCCUCAUCCUCAUUUCAGUCUCUGCCAUUUAAGGGUCAGGUUCGUCGUUUAUCUCUGAUAUUUGCGUUCUUUAACAUUUUUAAAUCGACACUAAAACAAACAGCAAUAUUGAAUAAUCAAAAUAGAGCUUUGCUUCUCACGAACGUUUCGUGAAAUAACCGAAUCAAAUCCACCUGCGACACAAUCCAAAACGAGGAGACUGCGGGGUUUUUUUUUUCUUGCUUGCUUCUUGAUAGAAAAAAAUCUAUAAAUAAACAGACAUGAAAACCAAAUUUAUCAACGGGGUUUCGUCUUCCCCUUCUAUGUCACUGGGCCUCCUAGUGACUGCGAACGCUCUGCAUGUCCAGCCCGACACCCAGGAGGACUCAAGGGAGCUUGUCCGCCCCGAACAGCCGGACCUGGAGACCCGUCGCAAGGCUUAUUUGUGGUGCAGGGAGUUUCUGCACGGAGCCUGGAAAGGACUGGCCGAGGAGGACUUCGAGAUCACCAUCAUAAGAGGUGGUCUGAGCAACAAGCUCUUUUUGUGCAGCCUCCCCGACUCCCUGGACUCGGUCGGGGACGAGCCGAGGAGCAUCCUGCUGCGCCUCUAUGGGGCCAUCCUGCAGAUGUCCUGUAAUAAAGGGGACUCCCGACAGUCAAACAAAGAGAAUCACUUCCAAGGAGCAGAGGCCAUGGUUCUGGAGAGCGUGAUGUUCGCCAUCCUGGCCGAGAGGGAGCUGGGUCCGAAACUCUACGGCAUUUUCCCUCAGGGCCGCCUGGAGCAGUAUGUCCCCAGCCGUAAACUGGACACUUGUGAGCUAAGCGACCCCAGCAUCUCCACUGAGGUGGCACAGAAGAUGGCCAGGUUUCACGGGAUGAGGAUGCCCUUUAACAAGGAGCCAAAGUGGCUGUUUGGGACCAUGGAGAAGUACCUGAGCCAAGUCAUGAGGCUGAACUUCACCAGAGAGUCCCAUCUGCGCCGCUUCAACAGCAUGCUCGCCUACAACCUGCCACAGGAGAUGGAAACGCUAAAGUUGCUGCUGGAAUCCACACACUCCCCUGUUGUGUUCUGCCACAAUGACUGCCAAGAAGGAAACAUCCUGCUCCUGAAGGGCCGCCACAGCUCCGACAAACAGAAGCUGAUGCUAAUUGACUUUGAAUACAGCAGCUACAACUACAGAGGCUUCGACAUCGGCAACCAUUUCUGUGAGUGGAUGUACGACUACACCUGUGAAGAGUUUCCCUUCUUCAAAGUCGAUACCCAGAACUACCCUUCGAAAGCCCAACAGCUUCACUUCAUCGAGGGCUACCUGCGAGAGUCCGACCAGGGCUUUGACAACCUGAGCACCGAGCACCAGAUGAAGCUGAAAGAGGAGCUGUAUGUGGAGGUCAACAGGUUCUCACUUGCAUCUCACUUCUUUUGGGGCUUGUGGUCCAUCAUCCAAGCGAGACUGUCGACCAUUGAGUUUGGAUACCUGGAGUACGCCCAGGCCAGGUUUGACGCCUACUUCCAGCAGAAGAUGAUCUGGGCCGCCUAAUGCAGCAGGCGACUGGGUGGUUAGACAACACAUUGAGCCAAACUGUCAGCAAGAGGACACAAAGGCUGAAAAAAAAAAAAGAUUCAAAGAUCCACGCUUUACCUACUCUCCCCAUCUUUAAAGGGGAUUUUGCUGCCUCGUGUUGGUGUUUUGUUGACCAAAAGCCAAAACUUAAUCCAAUGGCCAGGCUCUUGAGUUACACCUCCAAAUCAAUCGCAGCUCAAAGUUUACAAUGUAGCUACACAAAGGCCAACUGAAAAAGGAAAGGCACUGACUUCUACUAACCUUCUUUGCCGCUCAGAUGUCCUCUCUGCUUCUGCUGGGCCGUACUGCUAGCAUGAUGGAUUUGAGUAGGUAGAUGGCAGAUUUAGGUUACUGCUAGAGCAGAAAUGUUAACAUUGCAUCAAUGUGUAUGUAUAGAUCAUUCUCUGAUGGAGAUGCUCUAUGGGAAGGAACCAAAACACAGACUACUCUGCCUAGUUUUGCUCACUGAGGCAGCCAGUUGCUAACUAUGUGUAUUAUAAUAUAUUAUAUAGAGUUCAAUGUGCCAGUAGCCUGUUAACUGAUGAUGGGCUGAAGGGGUUGGUGAAAUUAUGACUUGAUUUAGAGAUUUUUUAUUUUAUUUUUUUCUGUACACUUUUGCUGUGAUUUCCUUUUUUUAUUUGGGUGUGUUUGUCAUUGUCAGACCAGAACUUUUUAAAGAUGUGAAUACCUUCCUCCAGAUGAUACCCGAAUACAUAAAAUCGUCAGUUAUGUUAGCUUUGACAUAACUGAUGUCCUUACAUCCUUACUAAUCAUACUCACAACUAGGCUUUAUAUCUUUUAAAGCAAAAGUAUGGAGUGUUAAAAGUGUUUCAUUUUAUUUAAGUGACCAAUCGAUGCACAUCUCUGUAGAAUUUACUGAGCCAAAUACCUUAGCAUGUUUUUAUGAACAUUGCUGCUAAACGCCACAUUGACAGUUGUAUACUAGAGACAACUUUACAUAGAGCUUUGCUUCUUUAUUUCUAAGAGUGGAUUCUUGGUGAUUGGUCACUCGUGUGUUGACACAAGUGCCUGGUACCACGCUGCCUCUUCAUUGUGCUCUUCAUCCAGAGUAAUGACGCUGGCAGUCGAGGCAUCAAAGCUCAUCUGUUUUGCACAAAUCACUGAAGUAAACGGUGUAAAUAAUUACUGUGACAAGGAGGUAGUUGAAAGAUUUCUGCAGCUUAGAGACAAAUUCAAGCUUGUAUUAUAAUCUGUGUUUUCAGUGGUGGUAAAAAUCGUACUGCAUUUGAUAACAGAAAUGAAAACAGAACAGGGCAAACGGUCUCUCACGUUUACCUCGACUAUUACGCUGUUGAGUAAGACACAUGGAUCCAAAUGUUGAAACCAGAGAAAUAUAAUCACUGCACAAAAUCAACAGACCCCAAACACCAAUUAUAUAUAUAUACAUCAUAUAUAUAUAUAUAUAUAUAUAUUGUAGUUAAAUACAAUAUCUAGUUUCUUGUGUUUAGUUGUUUUUCAUACCUUCUGUUUAAUUGGCACAAUGGGCUUCCCUUUAACGUGGUUCCUACAAUGCCGAAGUUUGUUUCCAUUCUCAAUUUCCGUGUUUUGCCUUUUUAAUGGCUAAAAAAUUGUAUGUUUUAUAUACAUAUAUAUAUAAAUUAACAGGAUUUCUGUAUUACUUCAUGUUUAAAUUAAUUUUUUUUAUUUUCGAUUUGUCAUAUCAUGGUGUGAAAUUAGUAUUAUAGCCGUAAGUAUUUUGCUUUUUAAGCCAUCAAAAUCUGCAGAUUUAUUCAAAAAUUAAAAUUGGACAUUUCAGCAGUUUUUUCUCGUGUUUGAGUAUAGAAUUUAAACUGGACUGUUCCCUAAACUCGGCCUAUUUCAGAUUGAUCGGGGAAAGGGCUGAACAGCUACUUUUUAGUUUUUAUAAACUGAAUAAAUAUAUACAAAAAUCCACAAAUUGUGCUUCGUAAAAUCAGGAAAACCCUCACCCCACUUCCCUAUUUAAGGCAGUUGACCAAAUUAAUAAAAACUAAAAUUUUCCUCACCUUAAACAUGACUGCUUUUUAAAUUGGACUAUUUAAUAAUGGAUAAAGGAAAAGCUAAUCAUAACAAAGAUAAUUAGCCUGAAUGUUGAGACGCACUACAGCACUGUUUUUAUUCAGUUAUACCUCCAUACUAACAGAAUAUUCCCUAUGGAAAGUUAGCAUACUCCUUUUUUUUUUUUUUUUUUACAUUUUAACACUUUUACCCACUUUGUGAACAGUUCCGUAUUUGGGACAUGCUGACGGUUGCUAAUGCUAGUCUAAAGUCCAAUCCCAUGAAUCCACCAUGCACGCUGUGAAAAUAAAUACAUCAAACUUGGUGUAUGCUAGAUUUAAACAUUUACUUACUCUGUCGUUUUCUGCUUGGUUUCUGAUUUUUGCCCCAUUGUCAGACAAAACUAACUAAUCUACGCUGCAUACAUUUUGCCUUAUUCCUCUCCUACAUCUGAUUAUACGUGAAUACUUUGGUGGGCGUCAUGAAAAAGGCGAGCUACAUAAAAGCUGCGGUGGUUGUAGUCAAAACCUUUGAGCACUGUGAAGCGUAACAGCAACUGAUCACUACACCUGAAGCUAAAACCUAGAUUUGAACAUCGAUUGAGGCACUUUUGAAAAGCUUCUAAAAAAGAAGAAGAAAAGAAAAGAAAAAAAAAAAAACAGGGUUUCUGAACUGUGACUUUGGAGUUAUUUAAAUGUUAGUUGUACUUUUGCUUGUGUAUUUAUAUUUACUUUUUAAUGUGUUUUAAUAUGUAGAUUUAUUUUCAGUUUUGAUAGAUCGUACUUGAUGUCCACCGUCAGAAUGUGCAAAGGGUUGUACUGGACAGAUGUUUAAUUGUUUUUUAAUGUUACUGGUACAUCUUUACUGUCUGUAUCACUUGUGGGAUUUCCUUUAAGCUAACCCGCAUUAUUAUUUUGUUUUAGACAUUGCCUUUUAUUCCUUUCUUUCUCUUGUAAUGUCAUUGUUUAUUUAAAAAGAAAAGCGUCUCGAUGAGUAAGACGCUACAUUCCAUUCAUGGUUUUUUUUUUAUUUUUUUUUUUUUAAGUGGGAUCACACACACAUUGAACCUUGAGACCGAGAGGUUGGCUUUUAAUGGUUCUCUCAGUCAAACUGUAACUAGACCCUGGUCACUGAACAAACACACCCACUCUGUAUAUAUUUAAUGUAAUAUUCUCUAACAAAUAACAAGAAGAAAAAAAAAAUAUUCAAAAAUAAAUAAUGAAAAAGUUUUAUCCUGUCAUCAUUGCUGGCGCACAGAGCUGUGAAAAAAGUAUCGUCCCCCUUACAGAUUUCUUCUAUUUUCGAUAGUUUUCAUCAUCAUCAUUACAAACUGGUUGUGCCCACCUUUUGCAGAAAUGUUUCAAAUCAGCCACGUUGCAGAGGUCUCCACCUGAAUGGCUGGUGAAAAGUCAUGCCGCAACGAUUCAAGACUUUGACUAAACCACUUCAAGACAUUUGUAUUUUUUCACUUUUUUCCAAUUGGCUGUAGAGUUUAGUGAGCCGUUUUCCCAUAAAAACCGACCCAACAUUUGAAAACGUCUUUUUUUUAUUUUCAUUCAGACUGUCAUUGUCUGGUAAUAAAGUCGGAUCUUUUUAAUCUGAAAACAAAUCAAAAGAAAUCUGUAAGAGAGCAAAUGCCUUUUUUGCUGCGCUGUACAUUAUGGUGUUAUUCUAUUCUUUGAUAAUGACUACAAAUAUUCUGUGACUUUACUCAUCUUUGUUAUCUAUGCAGCUGUAACUGAAUGCAUAUGUACUCACAGCAGCUCGCUCUGUAAUCAGAAAGGUUUUUGUCAAACUGCAGCAGCACUGAAAUGACUGUAAAUCUAUGCUUUGCACAAAUAAAACUGAAGAGAAAGAGA